AUGGGUGUCUGUCCUCACCGGAGGAGCUCUGCCGGCUCCGGGAGGGUGGCAGCAGGGUGGGAGCCGAGGCAGCCCGAGGAGCCGCGCCAGGGCAGCUCCAGCAUCCCCGCACCCGCGCAGCCCCCGCCGCCCCCGACUUACCCCCGUUCCGCCGGGAAACUUUGGGCCGCGCCGGGCAGCGGGACGGGCCGGGGGCCGCCGCCCUGUGGCAGCGAGGCCCGCGGGCUCCGGGCGGGCUCGGGGGCAGCGGCGGCGCCGCUCCGCCCGCCGGGGCCAGCGCGGCUGCGGCGCUGCCUGCGCAGGGCGGGGGAGCGGGAGCGGGGCCGCCGCUGCCCCCCCGGCUCCCGGGAAAGCGCUGCGGAGCCGCCGCUCGUGCCCGCCUCCCGCAUCGGCGAGAGGGAAAAAAAGGAUGGGAAGGAGGGAGGGAGGAGCGGGGAGGGGGGGAGAAAGCGAGGAGGCAGCAAGCGUUCGCCAGGGCGCCGGGCAUCGCCGCCGCGGCAGCCGCUCCUCCGGGAUAGCGCAGCAACUCGCGGGCAGCCCCGCCGCCCGCGGGCACGGCGCACGGCAGAGGGGCCGGGGGCUCCGGGCGUGCUCCUUCCCCUCUCCAUCCCUCCCUCCCUCCCUCCACCCGUCCCUCCGCGGCUGCGCUGCGCUCCCAGCGCGCCCCCCGAGCCGGAGCAGCCCCGGGGAUGGAGCCCCCGGCAGAGCCGCGCCCGGCGCUCCCCGAGCCCAACUCCGGAACAGCGCGCACCCACCGCCGAGCGAGGCUGGGCUCCCGCCGGUGCCCGGUCCCCAAAUGCCACCUGUAGGCAGGCCCGCUUCCUCCGAGGCUCGGCUGCCGCCCGCCCGAACCCGGCGUGCCAAGUUUCAGAAUCAACACCGCGGGGACCUGUUGGGUGCGCGGCGGGUCAGCCCCAGCGCCGGCUCCCCGGGAGCAUCCCGCACUAA